ACGUCCUCCCAUCCCGGCCACUCGGAUCCCGGGAGACGCCGCUCACCGCCGGUUCGCCCAAGGAGAGAUCCGGAGAGCCUGCGGCCCCGUUGCGCGGAUGGAGAAACUGAGGUUGUGGGUGCUGUGGACCAGGGCCAGGGACUCUUGGGUCCCAGGACACCACUGGAUCACCUUCUAUGAGGGAAAGUUUUUCACAGGGCGGCAACUGGAGGUGGGCGGGGACUGCGACAACUUCCAGGACCAGGGCUUCAUGAAUCGGGUGAACUCGGCCCGCGAGGGGAGCGGCGCCUGGAUCCGCUCCCACCACCCGGACUUCCGGGUGUGGCAGUUUGUCCCGGAACCUGGAGAGUACUCCAACUUCUCCCGCUGGAACGGGCCCAACGACCACAUGGGCUCCUGCCGGCCCGUGGGAACGCACGGCGACCACUUUCGCCUGGAGAUCUUUGAGGGCUGCAGCUUCACAGGCCAGAACCUGGAGUUCACCAAGGACUGCCCCCUUCUCCAGGACCGCGGCCGGACCAAGACCUGCAUCCAGGCCGUCAAAGUGUACGGGGACGGAGCGUGGGUGCCCUACGAGGCCUAUCGUGGGCAUAUGUACGUGGUGGAGAGAGGCCCCUAA